UCCUGUUGCAAAUAAUUUACGCGUCCAACUACUGCGCAGGAGCCGUAAAACUGUCAAAUGAAAAAUCAAUAAAGCUUUUUCCCAAUGUUGAAAAGUGUAGGAAAUUAAAAUCACAACGUCCACAAUCAAAUAAAGAAGCCAAGCUCUAUGGCAGCAGCAUGAAUCCAGUGCCAAAUCGUGAAUAUAUAGAGGUGUGUGCCGCUGCCAUACACCAUCAUCAGUAUCCCCAACAUCAGCACCAGCAUCAGCAUCAUCAGCACCAUCAGCAACUCGCACUCAAUCCUUUACUAAACCCUGCACCUCCACCGCCGCCACCGCCCGCACCACUCCCACACCCGCACGAGCUGCAGCCACCUCAACACGAGCACCAGCCACACUGCAAGCAGCAAUGUUUUGUUUUCACAGAAAUCGCGGACAUUGAACUACCGCCAGAGAUUACAAAGCUUGGCAGUGAGAAGCUAAAGAAUGGCGCCAUCGCCGCUGCCGCAUAUAAAAUGAGCGCGUGUAGUGAUACGGGUAGUGAGCCCAGCCGUUCGACGCGCAGUCGUCGGCUGAUAGUUGUGCUCGGCAUAAUGUUGGUGUGCAUAGCCAUGGCAGGUGGCAUACCAUUGGCGCUGCAGUUGCGUUCCUCGUCGCUGCUAGAAGCGCGGCUUGCAUUCAUACGUCGUUUGUUGGCUGAAUCGCCGCUAAUUGAAGGCUCCGCUUGGCAGCUACCGAUGCGUGAUGUUCUGAAUCGCAGCAGCAGCAGCAGUGGUAUGUUAAACGAAGUGCGUCGCAAUCAUGUUGGUGCAGUUUUUUGGCCAAUUUCGGUGCCGUGCGGCGCACAGUAUUUGGAUGCCGUACAGUUGGCAUUGGAGGGUAUCGAUGAGGCACGCCGCAUUACCGCUAAUACGGACGCAUUGCACAUUGUGCUCUCUGCCGACGAAAUGGAACAGACGCAUAUCCGAGGUGAAGUAGCUGUGAUGCUUGGUCUGGGCGGUGGCCACACAUUAGGUGCCAGUUUGGCAGUACUGCGAUCGAUGUAUCUGCUCGGCGCACGCUUCGUAUCGAUUACUAGUUUGGAAUGCACAACACCCUGGGCUGCUGCUUGCAUACGCAGUCAUGACUAUUUAUUCGAGGAAAAUGCCACACAUUCGAUCAACGAGUUUGGAAAGACGGUGCUUUACGAGAUGAAUCGACUGGGAAUGCUUAUCGAAAUCUCUCAAUUGUCAGAGGCGGCUAUGGUGACUGCAUUGCACACGGCCAAAGCGCCGGUUUUGCUCUUGAAUGCUGUGCCAGUUUCGGUUUGCAACAGCUCCAGCGUAGCCUCCAUACCUGAUCGCAUUUUGAGCUUGCUUUCGGACAAUGGUGGCGUAAUAAUGCUGAAUUUGGAACGCUGUGAAGAACGUCGGUUCUCUGUACGCGAAGCUAUCAACGCCAUCAACUAUGUGCGCAAGGUGGCCGGUGUCGAUCACAUUGGUUUGGGUGGUGCGCCCAAGAGUUAUGCUUUUCUGUUAGCUGAGCUGGCACGCGAUCGCGUUUGGGGUAAUGCGGCUAUCAAGAAACUAAUUGGCGGCAAUGUAGUGCGCAUUUUACGUGAAGUGGAGACAUUGAAAAAUCGGUUGCCCUUAUACGAGGAUUGGAUACCACGGGAGCUUGUCGAGAGUACUUCCUAUUGCCGCUAUCCGGAGACAUAAACAUACGGGAGAUAAUUUAUGUGUAAACAUUUUCAGCUGAAAAAGCGUAUCUUUUGUUAGAGUUUUUUUGUUAGCGCGCACACACAUACAGUUAAUUCCACCCAACCACACCCCAUUACGUUUAACUAUGGUAGUUAUAAAUGCAUAAAUGCAUACAUAUUUGAAUAGGGAUUCGUGCAAGUACGUACGUACAAACAUACAAAAGUACUAUAUACAUAGACAGCCUGAUAGCUAUUACAUAUGUAUUCUCAUAAUAAUUAGUUACAUACCCCGUAGCGAAUGGCAUUAAUUGGUCUCUUAAGUGUCUUGUACUGCCAAGUUACGUCUUAAAUGACUUUGGGCUCUGUUUAUAUGGAAGUCGUUGACUUUGUCAUGCAGUGAUCAUUCAAACGACAUUAUCCUGCAAUGGACUUUUUAUAAGUCACCGCUGCAAGACAUUGUCUGUUAUACUUAAGUCUUUGAUAGAAGUACACCUGCAUGACAUAGUCACCAAUAUCAUUGUCAGCUAUGUAUCGUUUAGGAUUCACAGCAAGUGCGACGAUGUCACUAAAUUCUCAUUUGUGACGAUGUCACCGGUGACCAUUUUCGCUACUGGGUACAUACAUAUGUUCAUACAAAUAUACGGACAUACAUACGUACAUUCCCAUACUGUAGUGGCCAAAAUGUUAACUUGUUUUUACUAAAUAUUUAAAUUCACGGACCCUUAAAACAGCCGCAAUUCGAUAAGUGUGAAUGGGCAGUAUAAUAGAAUAAUAAAACUCCCCUUCUAAACUAUAAUUAUUUUUACUCUAAAUUUUUUUAAUAGACCACAGUCCUAAAUCGAAUAACAGUCCUAAAUUGGAUACAAUUUUAUGCGAUUUUCGAUCAACUGAAAGGUUGUUUAGAGCAGAAACUAAGUGCUUAAGGAUUUAAUUAUUAUUAUUUUGUAUUU